AUGAAUAAUUAUAAAGCAGUAUCUACUCCUCUAGUCCAUAAUGAGAAAUUACAAAAAGAAGAUGGAUUUGGAGAGGCAGAUGCUUUGCAAUACAAAAGUCUUAUUAGAAGCCUCCUUUAUCUAACUACCACAAGACUCGACAUCAUGUAUUCAACAAGUCUACUAUCAAGAUUCAAGCAAAAGCCAAGUCAGAAGAACUAUGGAACUGCAAGAAGAAUCUUAAGAUAUCUACAAGACAUAAAAGAUUAUGGCAUUCACCAUAAAUCUACUGAAGAUCCAAAACUACUAGGAUAUACAGAUAGUGAUGAGGCAAGAUCAACUGAUGACAUGAAAAGCAAUUAUGGAUAUGCAAUUACACUUAGAUCUGGAGUAUUCUCUUGGGCAUCAAAGGAACAAAAAACUAUGGCUCAAUCAUCCGCUAAAGCAAAGUAUGUUGCAACCGCAAAUGCUACUAGUCAAGCAAUAUGGCUAUGGAAAAUAUUCGAAGACAUAGAAGAGCAACAAGAAGAACCAAUAACUAUGUUAUGUGACAACAAAUAA